CUCUCUCCUCCCUUCAGAUGGCUGCAGCCCCCCACAGCUGAGUCAGUUCUUCCUCUUCCACAGCAUUGCAGCACUUGAGCGGAAAGCCAGCAAGGCGUUCUUUUACUCCUCCCUUCUGCUGCAUCUCCUCGCCAGCAUCCACUCUGCCACCCACCUCAGCACCAUGGCCAGCACUGUGUCAGCCUACAAAGAGAAAAUGAAGGAGCUGUCCUUGCUCUCCCUGAUCUGCUCCUGUUUCCACACUCAGCCGCACCCCAAUACCAUCUACCAGUAUGGAGACAUGGAGGUGAAACAGCUGGACAAAAGGGCAUCUGGCCAGAGCUUUGAAGUGAUCCUGAAGUCCCCUUCGGACUUGUCCCCUGAGAGUCCCGUCCUCUCUUCUCCCCCUAAGAAGAAGGACCUGUCCCUGGAGGAGCUUCAGAAGAGGCUGGAAGCUGCAGAGGAGAGAAGGAAGACCCAGGAGGCCCAAGUGCUGAAGCAGCUGGCGGAGAAACGAGAGCACGAGCGGGAGGUGCUGCACAAGGCCCUGGAGGAGAACAAUAACUUCAGCCGGCUGGCUGAGGAGAAGCUCAACUACAAGAUGGAGCUGAGCAAGGAGAUCCGUGAAGCUCACCUAGCUGCCUUGAGGGAGCGACUGCGCGAGAAGGAACUGCAUGCAGCUGAAGUGCGCAGGAACAAGGAACAGCGGGAGGAGAUCUCUGGAUAAAGGGCUUUUCUACACAUCCAGCACCUGGUUCCUGAUAACAAACAAAUCAACCAACCCAACAUAUUUUAUUUUGUUUGUCUGGAUGCAACAUUUGGUUCCCUAGUUCCCCCCACCCUCUGGUGUUAGUUCCCUAGCUACACGCUUCUCUCUCUCCAUCCUUAACUGUUCAGUACUUGUGGGGGAUCACAGGCCAUAGGUUACCUCUAAGCAGAAUAGCAGCUAGUUCAUAUGAAGUAUAGAAUUAGUCAAUAACCAAUCAAUCAGCUUCUCUUUGGGAGUUUGUUCUUUUUUAAAAAAAAAAAUCUUUCUUAAACUGAUGUAAAGAAUUCAGAUAUUAAUAAAUUCAACCAGCAGUGUCGUGGAAA